AUGACAAGCUCUGCACCUCCAGCUUGGCUCUUUGGCGACACCCCUUCCCGCGCGGCGAUCGACGAACGCGACAAAUCGGUCAAAGACAAAUCCGCAAUGGCUCCCAAAAAGGUUUCCAAGUCCGGCAAGGGCAAGGCAAAGGCCGAGAGCACCGCCAGCCCAAGCCAGCCUUCUGCGCAGCUUCUCGAUCUCGUCGAGUCGUUCCUCUCUGACUAUUCGAGCAAGAAGGCCCUCGAAGAGUUCAAGCAGCACAGAGUGAAGAAGGGGCUUCCUAAGAGCUCCGGGAAGCCGGCAGAGACUCUCGUCGCUGUGUUCCAGAGCUGGGAGUCUAGUUCCAAGGCCGCCGCGCCCGUGAAGGCUGAAGAUGGAGACCAAGAUAUGAUGGAUGUGGACGCCGACUCGGAGUCUUCCGAUGCCGAGAGUGAGAAUGAUAAAAAGGUCGCGACCAAGCAGAAGAGGCCGUUGAAGAGGAAGGCACCCUCUAGCAGCUCGUCAUCCUCUAGCUCCUCUAGCUCCGAAUCGAGUUCCGACUCCAGCUCCGAGGACGAUGCACCCAAGGCCAAGAAGCGCAAGGUUGCUAGCGCACCUGCCCCCGAUUCGUCGUCCUCUUCUUCCUCCUCAUCAUCUUCGAGCUCUUCAUCUUCGUCCGAAGACGACAGCGAUGAUGACGAGGUAGCAGUUGAGAACGACAGCUCCUCAUCGUCAUCUUCGUCGAGCUCGUCUUCGUCGUCUUCAUCCGACUCAGACUCAGAAUCAGAGUCGGACUCGGACUCCUCGUCGGAAGACGAAAAGGCCGCGAACGUUCCACUCCCCGAUUCUGAUUCCGACUCCGACUCCAGCUCCUCGUCCGACGAUUCUUCCAGCGACUCGAGUGAUUCCGAGUCGUCCGGCCCGGAUAAACAGACCAAGAAGAAGAAGAAGGCUCAAGCCGAGGAGAAGAGCGGUUCAGACUCGUCCGACACUGUCAAACCCUCACCCCAAGUCUUUCCCGUGAGCGAAUUUGCCCCGCUGCCGCCGGACCCUACCAAGACAAACAACCGCAAGAAGAGUGGCCCCGCAGAGCCCAAGAAGCCAAACGAGCCAUUCUCUCGCAUCCGCAAGGACAUCAAGGUCGACCCGCGCCUGAGGUCAAACGCAUUCAACCCAGCAGACGACUGGGGACGUCAGGCAAAUGAAGACCUGAUCGUAACCAGAGGCAAAGGGUUCACCAAGGAGAAGAACAAAAAGAAGAGGGGGAGCUACCGUGGUGGUCGCAUCGACACUACUGCCCGUAACGGUAUCAAGUUUGACGACUAG